CUCUUCUUUAGCAACAUUGUACCCUAGUUGGGUAUGGGAAGACAUUUGGUGGCCAAAUUAUUUACACCGUUGGAAAAUCGGUUCCCCACUUCUUUUGGAAAACUCUGAAAAAACGUUCUGCAAUGUUCACAAAAACAUUUGUGUCUGCUGAACGUCACCCGUUCCUAAGACCUGUGGGGAGACAUUUUGAAGAAAUAAAGCAAAAUGAGAUCAGGAAUGUUAUUGGUAACCUUGAUUGUAAUUCACAGAGCAAAAAGAAGUAAAAAUGGAGCAGGAAGUGCCAGAAGGGGCUGGAAAAGGGAAAAGAUCCAAGGCUGUACUGAACGAUCUCUGUGGCCCCCAAGCUGAGAUUGGCACUGAGCUUCGGUUUCAGAAGAUUUUGAAACCCAUCAAGCAGGAACCGGAAGACGAACUGCAGCAGCGCUGGGAAACCCAGUGGCAGAAAUUCCUGAACACCAUGCAGGCCCCUUAUUUCCCAGAAGUACACCCACAGCUGUCUCGGCCCCCAUCAGAGGACAGUCCUAAAGAAUUUCAAGCUGCUUUUUCCCCCUUGAAGGGGAUCACAGAGACCAGGAUAUGGCCUAGAGAAGAGGUGUUCAGCCAGGAGACCCUUGGGACCUGUGAGAAAGGCCCGGAUCCUUCUGUGCAAGUGAAAGAAGAGAUGUGGGGGGAGGACAUGGACAGCUUGGAGGAGCAGAGCCAGCAUUUCCGUCAGUUCUGCUACCAGGAGGCUGAAGGGCCCAGAAAUGUUUGCGAGCAGCUUUGGAGGCUUUGCCACCAGUGGCUGAAGCCGGAGAGGCACACCAAGGAGCAGGUCCUGGAGCUGGUGGUCCUGGAGCAAUUUCUGACCAUCCUGCCUGAGGAAGUACAAGGCUGGGUAAGAGAAGGCAGGCCGCAGACCUGUGUCCAGGCGGUCACCCUUGCAGAGGAUUUCCUCCUGAAUCUACAGAGAAGACAGCAGGAACUGGAGCUUUUUGAAGAGGUGGUGGUUAACUCCCCCAAGGCAGAACUGGAUCCAUCAGACACAGAGGACCUGGGGCAGUCCGUGGAGGUUGAGCCCGAUGGUGAUGGCGACCCUCCCUUGUUCAGUGACGGGGAAAGGAGCCAGAGUCAUCAGCCAGAGGAAAUGGAGCCUGGAGAAUUAAGCAGGAUGUCCAGAAAAGACAUACGAGAGCAGGUUAUCCCGGAUCCUUGCUUUGCUUCAGGUUGUGAGAACGAGGAGCAGGAUCUUCGUCAGGGAAGCGCCUGGAAGGCUGAAUUCAGUGACAUCUCCUUCGAAGGAGGCAGAGGGACCUCUUUCCAGGUGCCUGAAGUAGCAGGAAGGCCAAGAGGUCAGGAGAGACUGAGAUGUACCCAAGGAAACUCAGCCAGGAAGGUGCCCAGAAAAAACACGGCUUGCAGGGAAGAUGGUUCGGACAGAAGCCCCAGCCAGAAGAGGCUUCCCGGGCAGGGGUCCCAAAAGACGGCCCCAGAAGGUGUGAGAAGUGGCCCGUGUUUUGACCUCCCUCAACCCGCCAAGACUCUGUCCUACGAAUGCUCCUACUGCGGCAAGCGGUGGCCCUGCCAAUCUCAGCUGCGCCGGCAUGUCAAAAUCCACACGGGCGAGCGGCCGCACAAAUGCACCGACUGUGGGAAGAGUUUCAGCACCAGCUCAAACCUCAGCCAGCACAAAAGGGUGCACACCGGGGAGAGGCCCUACAGGUGCAAAGACUGCGGGAAAAGCUACCGACGCCGGGCCUCCCUGGUCCAGCACGAGAGGGAAACGUGCCGGAAGGGGAACCAGUUAAACGCCCCUGCGGUGGGGUACGUGGUGUUGGGGAACUGCACCUUGCUGUGUAUGAAGAAAUCAACACCGAGCGGGAAGAAUCGUGUGAUUGCGCCAAAGGGAGGGGAGGUCCCGCUCGCCGCUCAGCCCUUAAACCUCUUAACGGGAUGUUCACAAGAGAGAAGCCAGUUAAAUGCUGGCACUUAGGGGUCCAGGAAGCCUGAGCUGUAGGUGGUGGGACGCUGCCCUUGGCAAAACAAGACUCUCGGCUGGGGGAGAGGGACGCAGGCGGGGAGAUCUUCCUUGGAACCAAACAUCUGCGGGAAAGAAAUGGGCAGGCAGGUGCUGACGAUUAGGAAGACUCUCCUAUUUCAGCAUCCUCAGUGAGAACGGCAAUGCAAAACUAGGAGGAGGGCAGGGAGGAGGCUGAAAAUGGUCGACGGAGGCCAUCUUUGGAGGGUCCUGCAAAUAGAUGGCUUGUUGGCCUUCUUGGAGUGGAUGGUGCAAAGAAUUGGGAGAAAAGUUCUGAAUGGAAGGAGCUUGCUCUCGAAACGGGUUGGGCCUAUUUGCAGCUUUACUAAGCCAUUUAGAGCAGUGUUUCUCAACCUUGUCAACUUCAAGCUGGGUGGACUUCA